UUUAUAUUUAUUGCGGGACGAGCCAGGUUGGCGGGAAAUAGACCUCUGGAUUUAGUAGUUGUGUGGUGUUGUUUUUGGAUAUUUACUGUAUCAGCUUUACUGAAUAUACAUUUAAACGCUUUCUAAUGGAAGGCUUCGGCGUUUAUGCAGUAUUUGCAGUAGAUGAGCCACCACGGCUCGUUUGGAGCUGCCGUGAUGGAUGGCAGAACUCAGUUGAGAUCCAGCCUUGUGUCCAGCAAAUCGUUCUCUUCACCAGAGGAGACUGGGGAAACAGAGAUUCUGUUUCAGUCGAAUUCACAGAUGAAGAGAACAUCCCCAUUAAUAUGUCAAAACUAACACCAUUUAGCAAAUGUCUUUCAUGGGAGACUCCUGAAGAUGGUGUUUGGUCGAAAGGAGCAACCUUAACUGUCAAAGUCAACCAAACUACAAGUGAAUUAUUGGACCAGGUGCUGACAUUUUCACAGAUGGAAUGCACACCAGAGUGCAACCCUACAAACUCUGCAUUGAAGGAGUGUAUGGGCAAGAGGAAGAGGUCACAGGGGGAAGAUGUGGUGGAUGAAGGUAAAGGAAAGGAGAAUAUCUGUCCUAAUGGCUCAGAGAAAGCAACACCUCACAGACGGAUCAAAAACAAUCCCCGGGGAGGACAAACACGUCUGUUUUCCCAAAAAGAAGAACAAACUGCAGCUGCCACUUCUCAGAACCACAAAGCUAAAGGAAAGCAAUCCAAAACUCCUUCACAGACUGCUCCAUUGGACAAACCGUCAGGUCGCUGGGGUCAGACUCUCUGUCCCAUUGAUCCACAGACAGCUAUUUCGAUUGGAGGACAAGGUGCCAGAAUGCAGUUCUGCAAAGAUCCCAUUUGGAAACUGUGCACAGAGGAUCUAUCCUGGGUACCUGCCGAAACUCUGGCUGAAGGACCCACCCCUGAGGCUCGUAUCGGGCACACAGCAACCUAUGACCCAGAAUCAAAACGUAUCUUUGUAUUUGGCGGCUCAAAGCACAAGAAAUGGUUCAAUGAUGUGCACAUCCUGGACACACAAAGCUGGCGCUGGACUUUGGUUGAGGCACAGGGUAAAGUGCCACCCCUGGCCUAUCACAGCUGCAGUAUGUUCAGAGGAGAGCUCUUUGUGUUUGGAGGAGUUUUUCCUCGCCCCCAUCCAGAGCCAGAUGGCUGCAGUGACUCCAUCUACAUCUUUAACCCUGAAAUGGCAAUUUGGUAUCAGCCCAUUGUCACUGGAGAGAAGCCUGCUCCUCGCUCUGGGCACUCCUCAUGUGUGAUGCAAGGAAGAAUAUAUGUGUUUGGAGGAUGGGACACCCCUGUCUGCUUCAAUGACAUGUUCAUGCUAGACCUUGGCUUGAUGGAAUUUUCUGCUGUAAAGACAAGUGGAGUUGCCCCUUCUCCCAGAAGUUGGCAUGGCUGUGCUGUUGUCUCAGACAGCCGUUUCCUGAUCCAUGGGGGCUACAAUGGGACUAGUGCCCUGAGUGACGCAUUCAUUUUCAACACAGACACUAGUUGCUGGUCUUCUCUGACUCUACCCCCUUUGAGUUCCAUACCAAGAGCAGGACAUUCCAUCAUUACCAUGCCAUUCACAUGCAAAAAGGAAUCUAUGGAUGAGGAGGAGGAACUUUCAGACCCAGCUUCACAAAUGCUGAUGGUUUUUGGUGGGGGUGACAAUGAAGGGAGCUUCUUCUCUGACCUUAUCACUAUGCCAGUAAAUGAGCUAAAACAAGAAUAAAUAUUUGUGUUCGGAUUUAAUUUUACAUUUAGGAGACACUGAGAUCGCCCAAUUUUACAUACAUUUUAUGCUAUGGUAUUUCAAUAUUGUUUGUGGAUUUAUUUAAAUGGUUCAAAUGGUGUAAUUACCUUAGACAUGUAAUAGUGUGUAACUCAGGUAUCUGCAAUAUGUCACUUACUUAGCAUUUGUUUGUGUGUAAACCAUGGGGACUAUGUUUUAUAUCAUGGUUGUGGCCUGGCAGCUUGUUAGGAAUAAGUCACCAAGAAAUGUCAUUAUUGACCAUUAUAUUUGAUGUCAUCACAGCUUAUUUAGCAAAUGUUCCAGUACCUGAAAGUGUGCUAUGUUCCACGUUUGGAUCCAUACAACAGAUUUGAUGUCGAUAUUCAGUGAAAAUCGUGCCUUUCUCAUUUGCUUUCCAAUCACAUAUAACCUUAUGACCCAUCACUUCAGGUUGCACUUAAAUGAGAUUGAUAAACGUCAUUCCUUCUGUUUCUUUGGAGAAAAGUAGCUUUUAUGACUUAAGUGAAAUAUUUGCAGUGCGCAACUAAAGUUUAGUCAUGUUCCCAUAAAUUCCUAUUGCAUGGCUUCAUAAGACUUGAAAUAUGUAACUUAAUGUAUGCAAAUCUUAAUUCCAUGAUUUUUUUCCAACGAGAUGGAUUUUAUAAACCUACACCUGAUAUCGUGCCCAUUACAAGAGGUGGUGGGUGGACAUCACUACUUUGGAAUGUUUUAUGUGAAAUGUUAUUGUAUAAUAUGCAAAUCUGUUCAAAAUUAAAUCUUUUUAAAGGUCA